AAUGAUUUCUGUUUAACCAGAAGGUUCAAAACCAUAGAAAUUUUAAGGAGGUCGAAUUCAUUUAAGGCCUAUUGAUAGCAUAGGAAGAGACUUUGAUUUAGGAACUAUUGAAACUAAAGGAAGAAGACAUUUUUCUUUUGAUCCAACACCUGUUAUGCAAUAUAAACCUCAAUUAAGGGUUGGCUUUCCGAAAAAUGUCACUAAUCCUGAAAUAUUAUUCACCUACAAGAGUCAAGGAGGGCCUGAUAAAUUAACAUACAUGCCUCCAAUCAAGAAGCACAAAGAGUUUAUUUCAACAAUGAGAAAAACCGUAAUUAACAAAGAAGUAAUUUUAUGAAUUUAUUUUAGUAUGAAGAAUAAUAAACUGAAAACCGCAGAAUGAUUGAGGAGUUGGAUGUUUGGGAAAAAAAGUUUAGAAAAAAAUGA